CAAGAGAGAUUAAAGAUAAAAAAAGAAGAAGAAAAAGGGUCUCUAAUCUCUCUAUAGACAUAUAGAAAUGAGAGGAGAGAAGGAGAGAGUAUGUGUGACAGGUGCAGGUGGGUUUGUAGCCUCUUGGGUGGUCAACCUUCUCCUAUCUAAGGGAUACAUAGUCCAUGGAACUGUUAGAGACCCAGAUGAUGAAAAGAAUGCCCAUUUGAAGAAAUUGGAGAAGGGCUCAGAGAACCUGCAACUCUUCAAGGCAAACUUGCUGGACUAUAAUUCCCUGUGCGUGGCCAUUGCAGGAUGCAGUGGAGUCUUCCAUGUUGCAAGCCCGGUUCCUCCAGGCAGCGUGCCCAAUCCGGAGAUUGAAUUGGUCGAGCCCGCUGUGACGGGUACACUGAAUUUACUCAAGGCAUGUUCUGAGAUGGGAGUAAAACGAGUUGUUGUUGUUUCGUCCAUGCAAGCUAUCGUGAUGAAUCCGAAUUGGCCACGCGAUAAAGUUAUGGAUGAGGAUUGUUGGUCUGACAAGGAAUAUUGUAGAACAAGCAAAGAUGAAUACGGAUGGUAUUCCCUUGCCAAGACAACAGCAGAGAGCAAGGCUCUGGAGUAUGCAGAGAAGAAUGGGCUUGAUGUUGUAACAGUCUGCCCAUCCUGGGUUAUUGGGCCAUUGCUGCAACCCACCGUGAAUGGCAGCAGCAUCCAUAUGAUCAAGUUACUGAAAGGAAUGUAUGAGACAGUGGAAAAUAGAGUUUAUGUGAUUGUUGAUGUUCGAGACGUGGCCGAAGCGCUGUUGUUGGCAUAUGAGACGCAGGAAGCAUCGGGAAGAUACAUAUGCUGUUCACAUCUGAUACGACUUCAAGAUCUCAUCGGCAAGUUGAGGAGCAUCAAUCCUAACAUCAGCUAUCCAAAAAAUUAUAUAGAGGUAGAGGAAGAGUUGAAGCUGAGUUCUGAGAAACUGAAGAGAUUGGGGUGGACAUACAGGCCAUUAGAAGAUACCCUUGCUGACAUUGUGGAAUACGUUCAAGGGGCUGGUCAUUUGAACAAGGAUUAGGUUACUUCCAUUUAUCUUUGUUACUCUUCUUUCUAUGGACAUCAUUAUCACAUCACAUCACUAUAAUGUUAUUGUAGCCAUAUCGCAGCUAUGUGGAGUCAGCUUUAAGGUUAUUGUUUGUCCAAUGAUGUUAAUAUACGCAUAUGUGGGCACUUAUUCAAAAAUCUAUUUAAACGAACCUUAUCAAGGCUUUGGAAUA